GUAACUCACGCUUGGCCAUCAGCUGUCUCUCUAGGCUGUUUCAAAAUGACACUCUUCGAGUUCACCUGGUCGAAAAGUCACUUACGCCGUAAGGGAAUUUCAAGUUCUGGUGGUGCACGAACAGAUAUAAAAAGGCUCUGAAAUGAUUCUCCAUCCAUCCCCCAGCUCGUUCAUCACAAUGCGUUUCUCAGUCGCCACUCUCAUCUCUCUCGCCGCUCUCGCCGCCCCGGCCCUCUCUGCCGGCGUCCAAGCCAGGAACGGCGAUGUGGACCACAAAGACGACGGCCACAAAGACGACCACAAGAAGGACAACGGUCGCAAGGACUGCACCUGGGAGCCGGUGUUCGAGCACAAGAACGACUUCAAGGGGUGGAACAAGGGCAAGUACACUCCCUACGACCACAAAGAUGUCAAGAAGGAUACCUACGAGAUCGACUGCAAGGACCUUUGCGAGAAAGACGACAGGUGCAACUCUUGCCAGGCCUACUCGAAAGAGGAGAACGAGGAGAAGUUUAUCUGUGAACUCUUCGAGGAGAUUAUCGACAUCUUGACUUGGGAGGAUGACUGUGAUGAGGAUAAGGAUGACAAGCAUGGAAAGAAGGACGACAAGGACCGCAAGGAUCGCCACAAGUACUACGACACUUCCUGCUGGAAUGCCCACUACAGCUACUAAGCCCGAUAACGUUGAAUUAUACCAUCAAGUAUGAUAUUAUAUCAUGGUUAUACGGACUCGUGGGACUUUGUAUGCAGUGUCGUAUGUUGAAUGUCAUUCAUCGUUUGAUGUUGGUUUGAGAAAAAUAAAUUAUCCAAUGCCGAUGAUCGUGUCUCUCUUGGGUAAUA